GCCAGUCUCCUUUUUCAUUCACUUCAAGUUUUAAGCAUCCUCCGGCUGCCGGAGAUUCUGCCUCCGUCGCACCUCCAUUUCGGAUCAAUCGCUUAGAUUUGUUGGUGAACUUCAGAGUCAGCAAGGACCAGUUAGUUGGAAUUAAUUGGUAGAAACAUUUACAAUGUCAGGCAGGAAGGAAACAGUUCUGGAUUUAGCAAAAUUUGUUGACAAGGGUGUCCAAGUCAAGCUCACUGGGGGAAGACAAGUGUCAGGGACGCUUAAAGGAUAUGAUCAGUUGCUGAACCUUGUCUUAGAUGAAGCUGUGGAGUUCCUUAGAGAUGCGGAUGAUCCAUUGAAGACCACUGAUCAAACUCGUCGCCUUGGCUUAAUAGUUUGCAGGGGUACUGCAGUUAUGCUUGUUUCACCCACUGAUGGUACAGAGGAGAUUGCCAAUCCAUUUAUCCAGCCAGAUGGAGCUUAAUCUUUUCAAUUCUCAUCUUGUUAGACAAAGCUACUUUCAAAAUGAUCAACUUCGGUGUGCACAAACAAAUUUAAUUACAAUGCUACUUGUAAGCAUUUAAACGUUCAGGCUUUCUGCACCCUGCAAUAUAUCUGCAAUUAGCUUAUGCC